GAUUCACCUGAGGUGGUGUAAAGCACAGCCUGCCGGGACACCGCUGCUCUGAAGUGCAGUUAGCAUGCCCCUGACCAUGAUGAGCGCCAAUGAGGAAGAAACCUUCAGAUUUCUCCAGUACGUGGAAGACAGCGGCCUGAGGGUGCACGAGGGCGUGGCUCGCGAGCUCUCGCGCAACGAGAAGGGGAGGAGCGCUCAGGAGAAGAACGACAAGAAGAGAAAGCAGGACGAUAUCAUUAAAAGGAUGAGCGAGGAGAUGGCGGUGGAGGGGAAGCACCAGCGCAUGGGCUCACUCAGCAUGUCCGAACAGCCUCAGCACUUCUCGGUUCGCUCACAGUCCCUGAACUCGGUCGGGGGUGAGGAGGACGAGGGCAGCCCGAACUCACGCAAACUGCCGCCGCCCAAACCACGCCGGGACCCCACCACCAAGCUCAGCGCCUCGUCAGAGGCCGUGGACCACAGCGCCUCCUCGUGCAGGGGAGGACAGUCCCAAAAGUGGGACGCGGCUCAGGGCUGCGUUGACGAGAGCAGGAGGAUUCCGCCGCCCAAACCCAAACGGAAUCCCAACACACAGCUGAGCACCUCAUUCGACGAGUCCUACAUCCUAAACGCUUCCCUAACUGACUCGCCCCCCAUGGCCCACUCCAGAGAGGUCAAACCUCCCUCUCCGAACUCUCCUCUGUCACCCACUCGCUCACACUUUCCUCAGCGAGACUCGGACUCUGAGGAACCCGUUUAUAUCGAGAUGUCAGGGAAAGUAGCGCAGGACCCGCCGCCCCGCUCCGAGUCCGAGGAGCCGGGCGAGGCCGUCUAUGAGGAGAUGAAAUACCCCGCCAUGGAUGAGUAUGACUCCCGCUGGGACCUCAUGGGUUACCGCUGUUCCUCUGACAUGGACAUCCACGGCCACACCGUUCGAGGAACGCAGCUUCCCGAAAUUCCCGCCCCCUUUCCAAACCUGCUGUUGCACCGGCCACCUCUGCUGGUCUUCCCCCCGGUACCUGCACAAUGUUCUCCAAAUUCAGACGAAUCCCCGCUCACACCCAUGGAUGUCAACAAGCUGCCGUCUCUGGAGAACACCUCCUACUCUAAGUCACCCUCCACCUCUUCCUCCUCCAUGGAGCCCCUCAGCUCCGCCUCUUCCUCUCACCAGAGGCGGGCAGAGAGGGAGCUCACCGCGACGCCCACCAUCACGAUCUCAGGACGCUCGUCGGCCCCGCCGCUACCCUGCGCCCGCUACAGGAGCUCCACGGGUUCGGCGGGCUCGCAGCGGAGUCACUCGGCAUGCCCGUCCCCGGUCAGCAUGGGCCGCUGCCUCACGCCCCUGAGUCUCAUGAGGCCGCCGCCCUUCGAGGGGCCCUUCAGCGGAGCCGCCAUGCCGAGACACCACAGCUCGGCGCAGAACGUGGCAUCGGGGCGCUCGCGGACUCCCACCAGCCCGCUGGACGAGCUCACCAACCUGUUCACCAGUGGAAAGAACAUGCUAAAGACAAAAACCAGCGGCCGAAAGAGCAAGGAACACGCCGAGACCGAAUCCAAAGGGAAGAGCCAUGGCUCGGAGUCCAAACGAGAGCAUAAGGAGCGGAGCGGCCACAGCAAGGAGUCUAAAAAGGACAAGGAGCGGCACGGGAAGUCCUCGCACCGGCGCGGGAGCAAAGACCGAGAGCCGAACAGCACCGAGGCCUUACAGAGACGGGACAGUAAGGACCGGACCUGCAGCAGCGUCGAGACUUUCGUAAGGCGGGAUAGCAAGGACAGGGGGUACAGCAACGGGGAAGCGUUAGUGAGGCGGAACAGCAAGGACCAGGGCUGCGGCGGUCCAGAACUUAUGCCCAGGCAGGGCAGCAAAGAACGGAAAAGUAGCUUCACCGAGCCUGUGCUGAGACACGACAGCAGGGACUGGGCGUACAACAGCAUGGAACACUUGCCCAGACUCGACAGUAAGGACAGGAUUUGCACUGGUUCAGAGUUUGUGUCCAAACAAGGUAGCAAAGAACGGAAGUGCAGCACCGCUGAGCCUGUGCUGAGAUACGACAGCAUGGAACCUUUGCCCAGGCUGGACAGCAAGGACAGGAUCUGCACCGGGCCGGACCUCGUUCCCAGACGGGGUAGCAGAGACAGAGGGUGCAGCACCAGUCAGCCGAUACUGCGGCACGACAGCAGAGACUGGGUCUGCAACGGCAUGGAACCUUUACCCAAGCGGGACAGCAGGGACAGGCUCUGCAGCGGCCCGGAACUCAUGCCCAGGAACGGUUUGGAACGGCGCAACAGCAGGGACCGGAGCGCUCAGGGGCCGGAUCUGCUACCCAAGCACGGCGGUAAAGAACUGGGACGGACCGGCCUGGAGAGCCGGCGCAACAGCAGGGAGGGACGAAAGCACAGUGUAGACUCUCAUCAGGGAAGCGGCUACUUCGGAGACGGUGGGUGGACCUGUAGGGAACGUAGCGGCAACGAGGCGGACGCUGUCAACGGAAAAGAACUGAAGGACAAGGGGGUUCACACAGUAGAACCCGGACACAAGGGUAGAGACAAAAGCAGCUACAGUGCGGAAUCAAGUACGGCACAGGAAUGGGAUGCAAGGUCCGGACCUCCGUCCAAAAUCUCUGUCAGGUCUAGACGAUCCCCCGUUAGUCCGACCACAAUGCUGGGGAACUCCGAGCUGAAGACCAUUCUAAAGGCAGGACUAAUGGUGCCAUCUCCAUUAGGGACGCCUCAGAGAAAGACUUCAGAAACCCAAGAGGUUCCACCCUUCCCUUGGCUACAUGGGGACAGCACCAUGCUGGAGGUGAUCAAGAGGAAACAGCGUCUAUGCCGCGAGAUCAGAUCCCGCCAGUGGCUUCCGGAUCGGAGCCCCACCAAGGCGGAGGGCGGCCAAGCCUUACCCAACGGCAAGAGCGCCGACGAGCCGAAAAAGCCACCGCCGUAUCCCAAUCAGAGCCCCGUCUUCUGGGACACGCCGAUCUAACGGCUCGGCCGGACGCCCAUGAGCCAGGCGGCGGGAUCAACGUAGCAAUAUUUCCGAGUGCGCCGAUCGUCAGGUUUUUUUUUUGUAAUAACGUUGAUGAGAUAUUUUUGUAUCGUGAUUCCUUGUAAAUGACUUUAGUGUUAACAAAUAUUUUCUAAAUGAGAUGGGAUAUCUUUGCAGACAAAUAUGUAGAGUUCGCACAAUGCAGUUUGUUCUUCUUUUUCUCCCCCCCUUGGACCUUGAAGGGGUAUUUUAGCGUUCAAAACGAAUCUCGAAAUCUAGCUGAGGAUGAGGGGGGGUUAUCUAUGAAGGAUGGUGUGGCACAAAUGCAACAAAUGUCAUUACUUCACCACGUGGCACAAACGAUCACCAUAACAGUAGUUUUGUGUCCUUUGUACAUUCAUUCAUUGAUUCGGUGUCUGCUUUGGCACCAGUUUAUCCUGAUCAGGGUCGUGGUGGGUGCAAUUCACGGGGGGAAGGCAGGAAACACCCCAGGCGGGUCGCCAGUCCAUCACAGAGCACACACUCCUAUUUAGGACAACGUCUGGUAUCUCCAGUUGGCCUGACUGCAUGCUUUUGGACUUGUGGGUGGAACCCGGAGGAAAACCACGCAUAGAUAGAAUAUAGAAAGAAUUCUGUCCGGCCACGCCCUUCUUAUGCUUUUGAGUUUCUUCACAUGAAUCACGAGUUGUGACACUGGAUUAGGGCUAGCUCUCAUUUCGCCGCCACGCUUUGCCACACGUUUAUUUUGCAAGAAUGUGCAAUGAAUGCAAACGCAGUGAGAUUUACGAUCUCUGGUGUUCAACAGAUCAGAUGUACAGUUUUUUCUAUAAGAACUAGCGUUUUAUUUUGUUAGCUUCGACUCAAGUAUGCAACUACGCUGAAGGUUUCGGUAGGUAAGGAUAAACAAACCAUGAAAGGGUCGUGGAGGGUAAGACGGGCACUGUUGUGGAGGGGGCCUUACUGUAAAUGGCAAACGGGUGUCACCUUCAUCCCGGGGUCUGCGAGAUGAUCUGGGAUUUCAGACAAUCUGUAAGUAUUAGAACUUGUUAGCGCUCUGAAUAAUAAGUGUUCAUGCUUGUUGGAUGAGUGAUGUAUAGCUGUAGCGACACUGGCGGUGAUGAUAUCGGUCAGUCGGCGUGAUUAGAUCGAAUUUGUGUAUUUAAGACCAACGAUCGGCUCCGGAGCGGCUACAGGACGGCCGUCCUCCCUCUACCUCAAGCAUUUAAGCGGCCAUGUGAUGCCAAAGUGUUUCAGAAAUAAAAUUCAUCCCUUUUAAUCCCGUUUAAUGGCUCUUUUUGAGGGUUGGCACUAGUUAAUGGCCCUUGGAAGGGUGCAGAAGGGUCCCCAUGCCCCCGGGAGCCCGUCCGAGCCGAUUAACGACUAUAACGAGCGUGUGUUUUGAGAUGUAUUUAAGCUCUACGUGUUUGUAUCGUAUGCAGGUCUAUGGGACGAUUGUUUGGCAUUUACUCACCCCGCCCCGCCCCAUCCCGAGGGUGCGGAUUAAGGAGGCGUAACCCUGUACAAUCUUUCUGUAUGUAACAUGUUCACUGUGACGGGCAGAACGAGCGCGUCCUUCGUCUUAUUGCACUGAGUGUUCUCGUUUCUGUACAGUGAUGCUCCAGGAAAUGAAACGCAGCCGAUUGUCACCAGUUUUUUUUUUUUUUUUAAGAAUUAUAUUAAACUUUAAUCUGUAAUUAUCCACUGUC